UUACAGCAAGCCGUAUUCCGUGUAGUUGGGUGAGAUUACACGUGAAUGAGAGAGAACUCUGACAUUUGGUUAUUUUUUAGCUCCAUGCGGUGAAGUUUGGGAGCCGGGACCGGCAGGAUGCUGUAUCUGAUCGGCCUGGGGCUCGGAGACGCCACCGACAUCACGGUGAAGGGUCUGCAGGCGGUGAAGAGCUGCUCCCGGGUCUACCUGGAGGCCUACACCUCCAUCCUGACGGUGGGGAAAGAAGCGCUGGAGGAGUAUUAUGGGAAGCAGCUGAUCCUGGCGGACAGGGACCUGGUUGAACAGGGAGCCGAUGAGAUCCUGAAGGACGCAGAUGUGACUGACGUAGCCUUCCUGGUGGUGGGCGACCCGUUCGGAGCCACCACUCACAGUGACCUGGUCCUCAGAGCAGUGCAUGCUGGGAUACCGUACAGAGUCAUCCAUAACGCCUCCAUCAUGAACGCAGUGGGAUGCUGUGGCCUGCAGCUGUAUAACUUCGGGGAGACGGUUUCGGUGGUGUUCUGGACAGAAACGUGGAGACCGGAGAGUUUCUACGACAAAAUCUGUAAAAACAGAGCAGCUGGACUGCACACGCUCUGCCUGCUAGAUAUUAAAGUCAAAGAGCAGAGCAUCGAGAACAUGAUGAGAGGGAAGAAGAUCUACGAGCCGCCUCGCUUCAUGACCGUCAGCCAGGCUGCAGAUCAGCUGAUUCAGAUCGUCCAGAGGAGGAGGAGGGAGGAGGAAGAGGGGGAGCUGGGUGUAACGGAGGACACGGUGUGCGUCGGUUUGGCCCGGCUCGGCGCGGACGACCAGAUCAUCCGUACGGGGACGCUGCGUCAGCUGGUGUCAUGUGAUCUGGGCGGGCCGCUCCAUUCGCUGGUGGUCACCGCCCGGCUCCACCCUCUGGAGGUGGACAUGCUGCGGGUGAACGCAGAGCCGGACGCGCUGCAGCACCUGCGUGUGAUCGACAGCUCCACCUUCACCUCGUAGCGCACCGCCGACUUCAUCAGGAGCGCUUUAAGCCGCCAGAAAUCCUCCUGGACUCAAAACGCCAUCGGCACGGAAAUAAAAACAUUCACUGAACCAGAAGUUUGUUUGUUUUUGUAAACAUCAA